GUAUUCCUUAAAUCAUGCCUCGCGGUAAGGGAAGAGGUCACAAGGGAAGAGCCAGACACUACACAACCGAGGCAGAAGUAGAGGAGGGACGAGAGAAAGCUCGCAGACAGAAAGAAUGGCAGCGGAAAAAGGGACUUCUUGAAGAAUCUGACGAGGAAAGCGAAGAAAAGAAGAGCCGUGAUGGUGAGACGAAGGAAGAUGGAGUUGCAAGAGCCGCGAAGAUAGACAUACACGAUGAUGAAGAAUCAGAAUCAUCUGACAGUUCAAGUGACGAGGAGGAAACGGAGAAGAGAGCGAAGACAAAAGGAGUAGAAGACUUGAUUGAAAUCGAGAAUCCCAAUCGGGUUUCAGACAAAAGAAAGAAGGCUACCGAUAUUGAUUUAAAUGCAAAAGUUGAACUGACCAGAAGAGAAAGAGAGGCAAUUGAAAAGGAACGAAGUGAAGCUCAUUAUCGAAAGCUGCACAUGGAAGGCAAGACAGAGGAAGCUCAGGCGGACUUAGCUCGGCUAGCCUUAGUUAGAAAACAGAGAGAGGAGGCUGCGAAAAAGAGAGAAGAAGAGAAGAAGAAAAAGGGAGACGAAGAAAGAGCGAGAAUAGAAGAAGAAAAGAAAAGAAAGGAAGGGGCUGGUCAUCGAUCGCGGAGGAAAUAGUCUAACAUGUGUGUAAUUUAUUACUAACAUUGUGAACUGAUUUGCAUGCUGUAUGAAUACAUACGGGAUAUUGCA